ACGGAGUACACGCUGCAGCGGUGUCACUGUCGGCUUAGGUCUGGGUGGGUGGCUCUGUAGUUUAGUUGUCAGUUGCGUUGCAUUGCGUGCGGUCGUGGGUUCCCACAUUGUUCAAGGAGCUCGUCCGGCCACUUAGCUGUUCCAAUCGAAUUUAACCCCAUUGCAAUGGACACGCCCCAGGGAUCGGAGGCUGAGUUUAUCGUGAAAUACCGCCAGGAGUACUAUGACUUGUCCAAGUUCAUGCACAAGCAUCCAGGUGGCAUAAACACGCUUAAAGGCCUCAAUCAGGCCGAUAUGACGGCGCGCUUCAUGAAGGCCCCACCACACUCGGAUGCGGCCAUGUAUCUGAUGAAGGAGUACAAAGUAAAACCGGAGGACACUCGUGUACCCAAAACCAAGGCUCGACAUCAGGCUCGAAGAGUAGACAAUGGCCAGGACUCACAGGAGCAAGAGCAGCAUCAGCCGAGGGAGCCCGAAGACAAAAACAACAAUCAGUUGGAUGAGAGCAUGGAGCACUUGGUGGACUGGUCAAAGGCCAUGCUGCCGCAAAUAGCCAACAUAACGACAUGCUACGAUGAGUGGGUGCACAAGCCAGUAGACAGGCCGCUAAGGCUCUUCGGCCCAUGGUAUUUGGAAAUGUUGACCAAGACGCCUUGGUGGCUGGUGCCCACAUUCUGGAUUCCUGUCAUCAUGUGGUGUGCGUGGGAGGAUAUUUACAGCAGUUGGCAAGACAAGAGUCAGCUUGCACUUUUCAUUGGCUACUUUUUGUUUGGCGUGCUCCUGUGGACAUUUCUGGAGUACACUCUACAUCGUUGGGUGUUUCACAUUAAACUGAAGAGCAACAGUGGACCCUGGAUAUGCACUUUUCACUUCAUGAUCCAUGGACUGCAUCACAAAGUACCUUUUGACCCCAUGCGCCUCGUGUUUCCCCCACUACCAGGAGCAUUCCUUGCCAUGCUUAUUUACACUCCACUAAGUUAUUUCCUCAUCCAACCGCGAAUUGUGCUGUCAGGUGCCCUCGCCGGCUAUCUGUGCUACGACAUGAUGCACUAUUACCUACACUAUGGCAAUCCGUCUUUCAGGCAUAUUGUCCAUAUGAAACGAUAUCAUUACCAGCACCAUUUUACGCAUCAGGACCUUGGAUAUGGUAUCAGCAGUCCUCUGUGGGAUGUUGUCUUCAAAACGCGCAUUCAUUUGAGGAAGCUUAAGUACCAACUGCGUUGGUCUUAGCCAUUGUAGAGCUUGGUAAGAUCUUGCUAUUUUAGGACAAAUUGUUUAGUUGUAAGAAUAAGCUGUAAGAUGUUUGAUAAAAAUGAAAAUGUAAUGAAGUAAA